ACACCAAUGUACGUGUCCGCUCUAUAAUAACCUUGGUCUUUCUCUUCAUAAACCAGAGAAACCAAUAAAAAAAAAAAAGUCCAGUCUCCAAGUCAGAGCAUCUGCAGCUUCUUCGUCUUCCUCCGCUUCUCCUGCCAUGGAUCUAAGGAACAGUGAAAUAGCCCAUGACCACUCCCCAUUUCUUAAGAUCUACAAAGAUGGUCGUAUAGAGCGAAUGAUAGGCACGGAGGUCGUAUCCCCAUCCCUUGAUCCCCAAACCGGUGUUGAAUCCAAAGAUGUCGUUAUCUCACCCGAAACGGGCGUAGUUGUCAGGAUUUACAUCCCCAAAGCCACCAUCCAGACCCAAAAAAAGCUUCCCGUUCUUGUUUACUUCCAUGGUGGUGGCUUUUGCAUCGAAACUGCUUUCUCUCCACAAUACCAUAGGUACCUUAACUCCGUCGUGUCCGAAGCCAAUGUCGUUGCUGUCUCUGUAGACUACAGGAGAGCCCCAGAACACCCUCUUCCUGCUGCUUAUGAUGAUUCCUGGACUGUGCUUAAAUGGGUUGAGUCACAUGCUGAUGAAAAGGGGCCCGAUGAAUGGUUGAAAAGCCAUGCUGAUUUUGAAAGAGUGUUUCUUGCCGGGGACAGUGCUGGGGCUAAUAUUGCCCACCACAUGGGAUUGAGGGUGGGGGCAGAAGGAUUGCAUGCUGGUGUUAAGCUUGAAGGAAUUGUUUUAGUGCAUCCAUAUUUCUGGGGCAAAGAACCGAUCGGUGGCGAAAUGGGUAAGGCUGAGAAGAGAGCAAAAGUCGAUGCUUUGUGGCGUUUCGUUUGCCCGGCGACGAGUGGGAGCGAUGACCCGUAUCUAAACCCCGCUUCGGAUCCGAAUCUGGGAAGCUUAGGGACAGGGAAAGUGCUGAUUUGUGUUGCAGAGAAGGAUUUGUUUAAAGAUAGGGGUUGGUAUUACCGCGAGAUAUUAGAGAAGAGUGGGUGGGGAGGUGUUGUGAAGGUUUUGGAAUCAGCUGAGGACCAUGUGUUCCAUAUGUUCAAUCCAGCUUGUGAAAAUGCCAAAGCUUUGCUCGAGAGGAUUGUUUCUCUCGUCAAUCAUGGCGAGCUCUGACUCUGAGAGACAUUGGUAUUGGCUUCAUUUUCAUGAACCAGUAAUAAUAUAGCAUUAAUUACUGGUUGAUUAUCGAACUCAUCUAUGUAAUAAUUCAUCCUGGUUGACUUA